AUGACUAACAGCCUUUGCUUCACCACCCGCGUCUUCGUCAGGCUCAAUGCUGCGUGUUGGGGCGUGGCGCGUGUGGGUGAAGGUGUUUGUGUUGCGGGCUGCUGGCCUAUCCAUCUCUUUACUAAGCGGGGUGGACGUGUUGUAGCACUGUUGAACUCCUCGUCGUCUGAAGCCCGGUGCCUUAACCUUCACUUUUGCCGCCCAGUGCUAGAGCAACACUCCCAGGCGAGGCGAAGCGAGUCCCACACCUCACAGUCCCUGCCAGCACCCGGCGCCGCCAUGACCACAGCGCGCAGAAGACUGGGCGCCCUCCUGCUGGUGGCGGCGAUGGCGCUGACGCUGGCGGCGACGAGUGAAGCGGCGACACUGCGACGAGGGCGUGAGAGAAUAGUGUACGGACCAGGCGGGUAUGGCAGACGUUUAAAUGUGAAGAGUGAGCGUACUGACGACGUGCAGAGUGGACGUACUGGUGACGGGCAGAGUGGGCGUGCUGGUGACGUGCAGAGUGGACGUGGAGAAGUGCAAAAAGGACGUGGUGACGACGUGCAAAAUGUACGUGCUGGUGUGAAAAAGGGGCGUGCUAGCUUACAAAGGGAACGUACUGACGUGCAAAGGGAACGUAAUGACGUGCAAAAAGCGCGUGUUGGCGUGCAAAAAGCGCGUGUUGGCGUGCAAAGGGGACGUACUGACGUGCAGCGUGGGCGUGCUGGCUUGGAAAGAAGUCGUGGUGGCGUACAACGUGGGCGAACUGGCGUGCAAAAGGGGCGUGCUGACGUGCAAAAGAAGCGGACUGGCGUGCAACGUGAGCGUGCCAGCGUACAGAAUGUACGUGCUGGCGUGAAAAAUGUACGUGGUGACGUACAAAGUAAACGUACCGACGUGCAGCAGAGUGGACGUGCGGACGUGCAGGAUCGGACGGGCGUGGUGGUGGCCUUCGAGACUCCAGAACAGGAGCAGUUUCAGUACGGGCGUCCCGGAGAGGCGGUGUUCGGCGCCUUCAGCUGGCGGAGUCCUGAAGGCGUGUUGGUGGUGAUGCGCUACGUGGCUGACGCUGCGGGCUACAGGGUGACAGGUGGCCUAGUACCAGAGGACACCAGGGGCGUAGCGGCGGACGGCAAGCAGGUCUUUCCGAGGGCGGCAGACGGGAGCAUCAUCCUUACCUGAGCACAAGAAGGUGGUGGACAAGGAAGUGGAGAGGCUGUGAAGAUUAUCCGAAGUGAGAGUUUGGAGGAUGAGAUGAGGACGGGAGAUGAAUGAGGGAAAGGGAGGUGAAGGAAUGAAAGGGAGUUUGAAAAUACCUCAAGUUAUGGAAAGGGAAGUGAGGUGAAGGAAGAAAAAGCAGUUAUUAAGAUUUGAACUUUGAGAGGGAGAUGAAGCAAGCAAAGGAAGAUGCAGUAAGGGAGAUAUUGGUUAAGGAAGGACAGGGAGAUUAAUUAUAAGACGAAAAGAACAAAGUGAUAAUACGAUGACAAAUGUUUUGAUUAUGUGAUAUAUGAGAGAGAGAGAGAGAGAGAGAGAGAGAGAGAGAGAGAGAGAGAGAGAGAGUUGUAGCCAAAUCUAUAGAAAUACUGCUUAAUAGUUACAAAGCAAAACACACACACACACACACACACACACACACACACACACACACAGUAGGUCAGGAAAUAUUAGUGUAGUUAUAUUUUGUUGUAUUUUCUGUAUAAAAGUUGAAUAUAAAGUUGUCGACUGUUGCCAAGAAAAAUAUUUUUUACGAAUAAAUUUAUAUGAAUUUUAAA